AUGAUGCGCCUGCUUCCCGCCAUCUGCCUUCUGACGGUCUAUACCCAAGGGGGACAGAUUCCUGUGCCUCCCAUAUUUUCUCCAUGCAACUUCCCAUCUCCGAUCACCGAACCCAGUUUUCAUCGAUCAGUUUGCUACACUAUCCCACGCCUACCAUUUGUUUGUGAUCUACAUCAUCAACUCGCCUACACAAAUGUGCAUGGAAUCGAAAAAGCAUACAACAAAUAUCGAUCAUUGUUCACUAACGGCAAUUCAUCCACUUUGGCUGUUAUAAUCACUAAACAACUCGAGCAGCCUGCUUCAGCCAAUGAAGUCAUGAAGAAAACCGAGUACGCGUGCCUCUUCGAUAAUGAAUGCGACCAGAUUGAUGGAGACAUGAUCACUGGAAUUGUCGGAAAUGUGCGGAAGUUUCUCAAGAUUUACUCCUGGAAAGUGUACGAGCGAUGGUUUGGUGUGUCAGAGUCAUGCUCAAAGACUAACUUAUUAGCACUCGUUGUUAUUGACGGAGUUGUGAAUGACGCCCGGAAAAUUCCUUACGUGAGACUGCACACAGGUUCUCACCGACUUCGAGUCUUACUACCCAAUAUUCAAAGCGAAGUGAACAAUGCAUUGGUGCAAGGUUGGCCGCUGGCUAAAGUUAUUGAAGAUCUUGUGGAUGAUGUUGGAUACGCACUGAAAGAAUACUAUGAACUAAACGGGGAACAGAGAGAUCAUUCCGUACCACCAUGGGCACGGAAUCUUUUCCUCAUAUGUUUAGCUCUUGUGAUCACAGCACUUCUCGUGGAGUGGUACGUUGUCAGGAGGAAGAUUGGAGUGCAGAAAAGUGGUUCCAUCAAGAUUGCAUCCGGAAAGAGCAAAACUCAUCUUAUGUUUUGA